AUGAGCUGUGCUAAAUCACAUAGCUACAACAUUGAACAGUACGAGGCAGAGCGAGACCUGCGUUCAGACAGAGGCAGAGGUGUAGAUGAUGAGCCACUGGAGACUGACACACUAAAGCUAACAGACAACUCUGAGACAGACAGUUUUAGGAGCUGUUUUCUGUCCUGGUUCUUCCUGUGGCACCUCAUAUGGCUGUCAGUCAUGCAGCUGCGGCAUUAUUUCUUCAUUGGAACUCUGAAUCCAAUGCUCAAUAGACUGGCCAACCAAGACCCCGACAUUGUGAGUGAGUACACCAAUGCGUUUGCUUUCACCCAGUUCUGUGGAGUUCUCUGUGCUCCCUGGAAUGGCCUGCUAAUGGACCGACACAAAAGAAAACCCUUAGAUCCAGGUGUGUCAGAACGGGAAGCAGACCUGCACUCGUCCGUUCUAUCUCUCCUCCUCACCUCUCUGCAGUGCUUGUUGUUCUCCAUCUGUGCAAGCAUUCCGAUCCUCCCUCUCCAGUACGUCACAUUCAUCCUUCAGGUCCUUAACCGUUCUUUUCUGUACGGAGGGAAUGCUGCAUUCAUCAGCAUAGCGUUUCCUGCCCGUCAUUUUGGAAAGCUGUAUGGUCUAGUGAUGUCCCUAUCAGCUGUGGUGUCACUGCUGCAGUAUCCCUGCUUCGCCCUCAACAAAGUUCUUGGAGGAGACCCCUUCUAUGUGAACAUCAUCUUGACUGUCCUGACUCUACUGGCCUUCAUUCAUCCUGUCUAUGUGUUUCUUCACUGCAGAGAGAUGGCAAAACAGUGAGAGAAUUCACAGAGCAUUUUAGAAGCCUCCAUACAGGAAACAUCAAUGUAUUAAUUUAAAUCACUUCAUCUAUAGACAUACUUGAUUAAUGCAUAUGAUUAUGCAAAUCUAUCUAGGCCUUAGCUUUUGUAACUGACAAAGGGAAAAUUAAUAAGCAUUGUGAUUAUUGUGUAUUCACGCAACUUAAUUAUUAUUUUUUUACCAC